CGACUCCGCCGUCGGGCAUCUAGUUCAGUGUCAAAGUUCCUGAGUGGGAUACAGCACACCAAAGUCCAGAAGGUGUGUGAUACCAAAGUGACUGUAAUAUUUAUUUCCAAAUCUAGCGUAUUUGCAGUCAAGAAUGUGGAUUUCAAAAGAUUUCCAAGGUAUUUUCCGCUUUACUUCCUCAUGUUUGCCAGCAACUUCCGUUUUAGAAUUUCUCCAUUCAAAACAACAGUGGAGCUGGAGUAACAUUCCUCAUCAAAAUCCCUUAAAAAAGACAAUUUGGAAAUACCGCAUCCAUCUGCCAUCAUUGCGACAGGGGAGGACAACAUUUUCAUGAAGGCAGAUGUGGAACCAAGCUCGUGCCACCACAAAGACCGGGUGUUUUUGUAGCCAUGUUGCCGCUGUUAUGGAAGAUGACUUGAUCAACAAAGUGAUAAGAACAAUCAUACAAUAUCAUCUCUACGUCGUGCUGAAUCCAUUUUCUAAGAUUCCACCAGAAGUUCGAGGCAGACAUUGUCCAAGAUGGCGCUGCCCAUGUUUCGCUCAGAAAACUUGUCUCUAGAGCCCAAAAUUUUUAAGCCUGGGGAAAAAAACCCAACAUAUUGUUAAUUUGGCCCUCGUUGUCGCAUCGCUUCGGCUGUCUUUUUGAAUGCUACAACUUGUGACCACUGCAAUUAUCUAUGUCAAAGCAAUCAAUGGAAUGGAAUAUCUGAAACUAGAUUUAUUCGAAGCAUAUUUCAGCACAUGAGGUGGAACUUCUGAGAUACUGACAGGAUAACCAUGAAGUGAAACUUAUUGUUUUUUUCAUGCUUCCAAACAAAAUGUCUAAUAGACUUCACGCUUCCCUGUAAAAAUGAACCAUUUGUGUUGUGCGUUUUCAUCGGAAAUGGCAGCAGUUUGAUGAAGGCAUAACAGUGCACCAAAUGUGUUUCCAUAACAGUCCACCAACAAAGACAAACUGCAUUAGGCUAAUGAUUGAUAGAAUGCAGUAUUUAUUCAACUGAAGUUAUAUUUUAAAAAAAAUGUUCCAUAGAAAUACUGUAUUAUAAAUUGACCCUCUGCGGCCCUUUGUGAAAUGGUUUGGAGACUGGUUUAAAUCCUCAGGUAACCAAGGAUUUCGUCUUUACGAUGCAUUAUAGGAUUUAACGUGGCUCCACUGUCAAGGCUGUUAGACAGCACAUUAUGUAACUUAUUUGUGAGACUGUCAUUUGAGUCAUUAGCCUGGUACUCAGUUGCUUGUGGGUCUAUCUCAAAAGCAAAGCUCCUCCACUCGCCAUCAGCCACCUUUUAAAGCCAGUGGACUGGACGCCCCAACUCGUCGCCAGAUCAACUCGUCUCGUUCGGCUAAAUAUAAAAUAGGACACAGGGUCUUGAAUGCAGCGAUCAUUAUUUUGUGGGACCCAGUCAACAGAUUCUACAUUUUCAUUUGCAGACAUUGUCAACGACAUGGAUGUGGCGGAUUCAGGGGUAAGUGGAAGUGUGCUAAUAGUUCACCAGCUCCAUGAAGGGAAGCACCAAUAUGAAGUAGAAAAUGUUGUCAAGCACAACAAAUCAGGUGGAGGAAAACGCAUGAUAAUGAAAGGUGACAAGCUACUGAAAAUAAAUGGAAAUGAUCUGCAGCAUUUAACCCCUGAGGAGUUGGCUCAAACCAUAGCAGAGGGUCAGCCGAUGUUGACAGUGCACAAGUCGGUCAGGAAGAAACAUUCCAAUGAGCGGAAAUGCUCCACAGACGAUGCGCUCCAUGCCGUUUCUAAGGAGGCCACCUUACUCGAAUUCAGCAUGGAAAUGGUGCGAGAGGAAGACCUGCUACAGAGUAAAAUCAUUUCAGGUGGUGAUGAAGAAGAGAACGGCAGCGCCAAGGAAGAAGAUGCAGAGAGCAACGACCUUCUGGUCGUCACCAUGACUGAAACAAACUUCAUCAUGUUAAGGGGAAGGGGCUGUGAUGCUGGCGGCAGCUGUCGUGGAUGCCAAGGGACAGGAUGCACCCUUAAUGACAUUGUUAUGACCUCCAAGUCCAGCACUGUGACCCUUGUUUCAAGAGGAGGGGGCACUUUGAAACAAAUGACGAAAUUGAACACCCCAAUCGAACACAUUGCCUCGCACAAAUAUCUGAAAGCCCUGUGUCAACAGAAGACUCUCUAUGCUUCGUCUCAUCCAGAGAACUUGACCAUUUAUUACUACAAGUCAACUUGUUUGGACAAGCAUAAUCCAGUGACGUUGAACUUCACAGACUCCGACUGCUUUCUGAAGUGCUCCAAAAAAGAGGAGCAGGUGCUCCUGCAAGUGGAGGCAGUGGAUAAGGCAAAGCUGAAAACUAUUUCCAUGAAUGACGAGGGCACGCUUUCCUACGUCUUCUACUUGAAGACCGACAGCUCAAAGCAGCGAAAGUUCGAAUCUGCACUCUACCAGGGCUGGUACAUCCAAAUCACUGGUUCUGCUUCUGCAGAGUCUGUUAAAAUGGCCAAGUUUGAUCGACAGCAAGGAACUCAAUCUUUUCUCUUUAUCAUUACUACAUAAAAUGACAGGUGGAAGACUUGAAUUACUGUUGGAUAACCAUUCAGCAAAAAUA